GUGUGUUUUUUUCUUCUUCAACUUCCCUCCCAAACUACACACAAACACAGACAAAUGAAACUUGUGGUAUUCAUCUCCUUCAUCAUCAUCUCUCAUCAUCACAUGGUCAACGCAGGCGUUCAAAUCCUCUCCAAAUCAAAGCUUGAAAAAUGCGAAAGGUCUUCGGACGGUCCUCUCAACUGCACCAGCAAAAUCGUCAUCAAUAUGGCGGUUCCUAGUCAAGCAAGUGGUAAAGAAGCGUCCAUUGUGGCGCGAGUGGAUGAGGUGGAGGAGAAAUCCGACGAUACAAUCAAAACGCUUCGGGAUCCACCUGUGAUUACUGUUUACAAAUCGGCAGCGUACGCCCUGUAUGAUCUGACUUAUAUUAGAGAUGUCCCUUACAAACCUGAAGAGUUUCAUGUUAAGACGCGCAAGUGUGAGUCUCAUGCUGGUGCAAAUAUUGUUGGGCAAUGUGUGAGCUUGAGAGAUGAUCAAGGACGUGUGAUCGAGCAUACUCAGCCAACUUGUUGUCCUUGUGGGAAGUGGCGUCGGGUACCUUCAUCUUGUGGAAACUUUUUCAAUAAGAUGAGGAAAGGAAAGGUGAACACUGCCCACUGCCUCCGUUUUCCUGGUGACUGGUUCCACGUGUUUGGUAUCGGCCAGCACUCAGUUGGGUUCAACAUUCGGAUCAAUGUCAAGACAGGAUUGAAAACCACUCAGGAAGUGGUUAUCGGGCCUAAUAAUCGAACUGCCACGUCACUUGAUAACUUUCUACGCGUGAACCUCGUUGGGGACUUUGUUGGGUAUAACAGCAUUCCUUCCUUCGAAGACUUCUUUCUUGUUAUUCCGAGACAGGGGGGCCAAGGUCAACCACGAGAUUUGGGAAGGAACUUUUCUAUGUGGAUGCUACUUGAACGAGUGAGGUUCACGUUAGAUGGGCUUGAAUGUGAUAAAAUUGGUGUCAGUUAUGAAGCUUUUAAUAACCAGCCAGGUUUCUGCUCUGCACCACAAAUGAGUUGUCUGCAUAAUCAGUUAUGGAACUUCUGGGAUGCUGAUCAGAACAGGAUCAGAAGAAAUCAACCCCCUCUUUAUGAUGUGCUAGGAAGGUUUGAAAGGAUAAAUGAGCAUCCGAAUGCAGGAAGCCAUUCAUUUUCCAUAGGAAUUACCGAAGUUGUAAACUCAAACCUUUUGUUAGAACUGAAAGCUGAUGAUAUAGAAUAUGUCUAUCAAAGGAGUCCUGGGACCAUCGUAAGCAUCGCGGUCCCCACUUUUGAAGCCCUUACUCAAUACGGGACCGCCACAAUCACAACUAACAACACUGGUGGAGUGGAAGCUGCCUACAGUUUAACUUUUGAUUGCUCCAGAGGUGUCAAUCCAAUGGAGGAACAAUUUUUCACUAUGAAGCCAGGACACCUUGUAUCCCGAUAUUACAAAGUGCAGCCAACAUCUGAUCAAGCUGCCAAAUAUAUGUGUACUGCUAUAUUGAAAGAUUCUGACUUUAAGGAAACUGAUAGAGCCGAGUGCCAGUUCACAACCACAGCCACAGUUCUAGACAACGGAACACAGCUUCCAUGGGAACCACCGAAAAGUGAUGGUAUAAAAGGCUACUUUGAAUCUGUUGAGAGUUUUUGGCAUGCACUUUGGGAGGGUAUGGUCGACUUCAUUACCGGAAAAACUUGCAGAAUGAAAUGCUCCAGUUUCUUCGAUCUUGGUUGUCACUUGCGCCACAUAUGUAUGACCUGGCUGCUGUUGUUUGGUCUGUUUUUGGCAAUCUUCCCUACAGUGAUCCUCCUACUUUGGCUUCUACAUGAAACCGGACUUUUUGAUCCCAUUUAUGAUUGGUGGCAAGAUAAUUUCUGGGACGAUGAACAGAAAAUGCAACACAUCAUAAAACAACGGCCAGAUGAUUGGAAUAAACGCCAUAAGAAGAAAUCAAGACAUCAUGCAGAUGGUACUCAUAAAAGACAAAGGCAACAAAAGGGUAUUAGUCAGGAGCCGAGACACACUCAUUCUGAACGUCAUCAUCAUGUUAAGAGAGACAAACACAAACCCGAGAGAAUUAAGGAUGGAAGUUUCACCGAUCAUCCACUUUAUGUAAACAAAGGGGAAAAUGUUACGGAAGACAAAAACAAAUAUUCUAGACAUGAUGACCGAACCACAAAGGCCGUAAACAAGCAUGGGCAUGUAAAAGCAGAUGACACACACCAUAAACAUUAUCGUUCUAAGAGAAAGACAUAAAGGAUGACACUUUUGCUUUGUUAUUCCUACAUAUUUAGUUGGAAUAUCAUCAUGUAGGACAAAAACAAGACUAGAAAAGCAGAACCAGAUGUUGAAGGUUUUGUUAUCCUAUGCGGAAAGUGUUGAAUGUUUUGUUUUUAUGCAUCUAGUAUCACAUAGAAUUUUCAUUUCUAUUUGAGAUAACUAGUUGAUUCA